GUAGUACCACUCACCCGGGAAACAACAAAAGCGUGACAUUGUAUCACUCCCUCUCCCGCUAAAACCGCUACACACUAAACACAGCAAAUCGAGAGAGAGAGAGAGAGAUUGGGAGAGAGAGAGGUAAAAGAUGGAGAGAAAAACGAGAGCCACAAGCAUCACACACAAACCGGAGCAUGAUCAGAAAUCAACGCCUCCGAUUCUCCAGCUUUUAUACAACUACUAUGUCAAACACUCCUCCAUUUCUCUCUUCUCACUCUCUCCUCUCUCUCUCCGUCCUAUCGCCGCCGCUUUUCUCACCCUCCGACGCCCUCACACACAAUCUCUCUGUGUACCUAACACAUUUUGAAAUUGCUAAUGAUACAAACUAAACAAGCGGUUGUGAGAUACCUAUGAUAUCAUUUGAAAUUACUAAUGGGUACAGCGGUGAAUAUUAUCGUUGGCACUCAUGUUUGGGUUGAGGAUCCAACAGUAGCUUGGAUUGACGGACAAGUAUCAAAGAUCAAUGGAAAAAGUGUUGAGAUAGAAACGACCAAUGGAAAAAAGGUUGUUGCAAAGUUAUCUGAUAUUUAUCCGAAGGAUGAGGAAGCUCCUCCUGGUGGAGUUGAUGACAUGACAAGACUAUCUUAUCUGCAUGAGCCUGGAGUUCUACAGAAUUUGUCAAAUAGAUAUCAACUCAAUGAAAUUUAUACGUACACCGGAAGUAUUCUUAUUGCAAUUAAUCCAUUUCAAAAACUACCUCAUUUGUAUGAUCCCCACAUGAUGGAACAAUACAAAGGAGCGCCUCUGGGGGAGCUCAGUCCUCAUGUUUAUGCAAUUGCAGAUGUUGCUUACAGGGCAAUGAUCAAAGAAGGCAAAAGCAACUCCAUUUUAGUCAGUGGCGAAAGUGGGGCUGGAAAAACUGAAACUACUAAGAUGCUUAUGCGUUACCUUGCCUAUUUGGGUGGACGAAAAAGCACUGAAGGACGGACUGUUGAACAGCAAGUUUUAGAAUCCAAUCCAGUUCUAGAGGCUUUUGGAAAUGCAAAAACUGUCAGAAACAAUAAUUCCAGUCGAUUCGGCAAAUUCGUUGAAAUUCAGUUUGACAAACAAGGUAGAAUAUCUGGAGCUGCUAUUAGAACUUAUCUUCUCGAAAGGUCUCGGGUUUGCCAGGUCUCUGAUCCUGAACGCAACUAUCAUUGCUUUUACCUUCUUUGUGCAGCUCCACCGGAGGUAGUGGAGAAAUAUAAGCUAGGAAGUCCUAAAUCAUUUCACUAUCUUAAUCAAUCCAAAUGUUUUGAACUUGCUGGUGUUAAUGAUACUGAAGAAUAUCUUGCCACUAGAAGAGCCAUGGAUAUAGUUGGCAUAAGUGAAUCCGAACAGGAAGCAAUUUUCAGAGUUGUAGCUGCAAUUCUCCAUAUUGGCAAUGUGGAGUUUGCUAAGGGUAAAGAAGUUGAUUCAUCUGUCCUAAAAGACAAGCAGUCGAAGUUUCAUCUUCAGACAGCAGUAGAUCUUCUCAAGUGUGAUCUAAAUGCUUUACAAGAUGCACUGUUAAAACGUGUAAUGGUUACCCCAGAAGAAGUUAUUAAGAGAAGCCUCGAUCCGGUGGCUGCAGUUGUUGGCAGGGAUGGUUUAGCCAAAACUUUAUACUCACGGUUGUUUGACUGGCUGGUUGAUAAAAUCAAUGUGUCCAUUGGACAGGAUCCUAAUUCAAAAUCCUUGAUAGGGGUUCUUGACAUCUAUGGUUUUGAAAGCUUCAAACAGAACAGUUUUGAACAGUUCUGUAUCAAUUUCACGAAUGAGAAAUUGCAACAACAUUUUAACCAGCAUGUGUUUAAGAUGGAACAAGAAGAGUACACAAAAGAAAAGAUUGAUUGGAGCUACAUAGAAUUUGUUGAUAACCAAGAUGUGUUGGAUCUUAUUGAAAAGAAACCUGGAGGAAUUAUUGCUCUACUUGAUGAAGCCUGUAUGUUUCCCAAGUCAACUCAUGAGACGUUUUCACAAAAGCUUUAUCAGACGUUUAAAGCGAAUAAACGCUUUAUCAAACCAAAAUUAUCACGGACUGACUUUACUAUUGCUCAUUAUGCUGGAGAGGUCCAGUAUCAGUCUGAACAUUUUUUAGACAAAAAUAAAGACUACGUUGUUCCGGAACAUCAAGAUUUGUUAAGUGCUUCUAAAUGCUCCUUUGUAGCAAAUCUCUUCCCACCACAACCUUCAGAGACUCCCAAGGCAUCAACUAAAUCUUCCAAAUUCUCAUCUAUAGGUUCCAGGUUUAAGGUACAACUCCAACAAUUGAUGGAAACACUUAAUUCUACAGAGCCCCAUUAUGUUAGAUGUGUGAAGCCCAACAAUGUUCUUAAGCCUUCUGUCUUUGAGAAUGCCAAUGUUAUGCAACAACUGCGCUGUGGAGGUGUUCUAGAGGCAAUUAGAAUCAGUUGUGCUGGAUAUCCAACUCGGAAAACCUUUUUUGAAUUUGCAAAUCGAUUUGGUCUUCUCGUUCCGAAAGUUUUGGAAAAGAACCUUGAGGAAAAGGCAGCAUGCAAGAAGAUUUUGGAUAAGACAGGCCUCAAAGGAGCUCAGAUAGGGAAAACAAAAGUUUUUUUAAGAGCUGGACAGAUGGCUGACUUAGAUGCACGGAGAGCAUUAAAGCUUAGUGGUGCAGCCAAGAUUAUUCAAAGAAAGAUUAAAACUUAUAUUGCCCGAAAAUAUUUUCUUACUUUGCGGGAGGCCGCGAUUUGUAUGCAAGCCUUCUGCAGAGGAAAACUUGCUUGCAAACUAUAUGGAAAUAGGAAAAUGGAAGCAGCCUGUAUUAGAAUUCAGACGAAAAUGAAGGGAUACCAUUGGAGAACGUCCUACAAAAAACUCCAAAUCUCAGUUGUUGUGAUCCAGACAGGUUUACGGGCAAUGGCUUGCCACAAGGAGUUUAGAUAUAGGAAACGAAAUACUGCGGCAACUAUGAUACAAGCCCGCUGGCGUGGUCAUAAAUCCUUAGCAUACUAUAAGAAAUUGAUAAGGGCGUCCAUUGUCACACAAUGCAGAUGGAGAGGGAGGAUUGCUAGGAAGGAGCUUCGGAAAUUAAAAAUGGAAGCUAGGGAAACUGGAGCGCUCCGUGAUGCAAAGACUAAGCUUGAGAAACAGUUGGAAGAACUAACAUGGCGUAUGCAGCUGGAAAAACGUCUGAGGACUGAUUUAGAAGAGACAAAAGGACAGGAGAUAACGAAGUUACAGAAUUCGCUGCAAGGAAUGCAAAAGAAAGUUGACGAAAUGAAUGCAUUGCUUGUCAAAGAACGUGAAACUGCACAAAAAGCAAUUGAAGAGGCUGCUGCAGCUGUUAAGGAAACCCCAGUUCAUAUUGAAGAUACUGAAAAGAUCGAGGCAUUAAGUGCUGAGGUUGAAACCUUGAAGGCAUCAUUGCAAUCUGAAAGAGAGAUGUCUGAUGAUUAUAAAAGAAAGUAUGCAGCAGCUGUGGAUUCAAGUGAAGUAAAGCAUAAAAAGUUGGAAGAAACUGAGAAAAGGGUUCAUCAACUUCAGGAAUCUUUGAACAGGUUUGAAGAGAAGCUUACCAACUUGGAGUCUGAGAAUAAAGUUCUUCGUCAGCAAGCUCUAUCCAUGGCAGAGAAAAGUAAGGUCCUCCAGGAGUUAGAGGCAGAAAAUAAAUCUCUUCGUCAAAAGGUUUUGACUGUGGCACAAAAUCAUAAGAUGCUAGCAAACCGUUCCAAAUCACUUAUUCAGAGGGGGGAACUCACAAAAGCUGCUAUAGAACUCCCAAGUCCUCCAAUACAACAGCUUAAGGAACAGGCAGAGGUGGAGGAAUGGCCCCAAAAAUCACUGAACGAAAAACAGCAAGAGUAUCAGGAUUUGCUUAUCCGUUGUAUUGCUCAGCCUCUAGGAUUCUCCAAAGGCAGACCUGUUGCAGCCUGCAUCAUAUACAAAUGCCUGAGGCACUGGAGAUCAUUUGAAGUAGAAAGGGCUAGCAUUUUUGACCGCAUUAUACAGACCAUUGGCCACGCGAUUGAGACACAAGACGACAACAAAACCUUGGCAUAUUGGUUAUCAAAUGCAUCCACGCUGCUGUUCUUGCUGCAACGUACACUAAAAGCGAGUGCUGCUGCUGGUAUGACUCCACAACAUCGGCGGUCACCAUCAACUUUAUUUGGGAGGAUGACCAGGAGCUUUCGCGGAAUUCCACUUGGCUCUGAUCUUUCUUCAGUUAAUGGUGAGGUGACUGGUGGGGUGGAUACAAUACGGCAAGUUGAAGCCAAAUAUCCUGCUUUGCUUUUUAAACAGCAAUUAGCAGCUUACGUGGAAAAGAUAUAUGGCAUGAUUCGUGAUAAUCUAAAGAAAGAGAUUUCUCCGGUGCUUGGCUUGUGUAUACAGGCACCAAGAAUAUCCAGGGCAAGCUUAAUUAAAGCCAAGGGGCCGGCUCGUACACUUGCAAAUGCUGCUGCCCAAGAAAUUUUGACUGGUCACUGGCAAGGGAUUGUAAAGAGUAUUAGCAAUUUCUUGAGUUUGUUAAAGUCUAAUCAUGUACCCCCAUUUUUGAUUCGCAAAGUUUUCACUCAGAUAUUCUCUUUCAUCAACGUACAACUUUUUAACAGCCUUCUUCUGAGACGAGAGUGCUGCUCAUUUAGUAAUGGGGAGUAUGUUAAAACUGGAUUGGCAGAACUGGAUAAUUGGUGCUACAAGGCAACUGCUGAGUAUGCAGGUUCGGCAUGGGAUGAGCUUAAGCAUAUAAGACAGGCUAUUGGGUUCCUGGUCAUAAAUCAAAAGCCAAAGAAGACACUGGAUGAGAUAAGUCAUGACCUGUGCCCGGUGCUCAGUAUUCAACAACUCUACAGAAUAAGCACUAUGUUCUGGGAUGACAAGUAUGGCACACAUAGCCUUUCUCCAGAUGUAAUAUCUGCCAUGAGGGUAUUAAUGGCCGAAGAUUCAAACAAUCCUGUCAGCAGUUCAUUUCUGCUUGAUGAUGAUUCAAGCAUACCCUUCUCAGUUGAUGACAUCUCUAAAACAAUGGAGCAGAUUACUAUUUCAGACAUUGAACCGCCACCUCUAAUUCGCGAAAAUGCAGGCUUCAACUUCCUGUUGCCUCUCUCCAAGUAAUCGGUUUUAAUCUUCGAGUCAUCAUGUAAUUAGUUUCUAAAACCUUCAGGACCGAUAGAUAUGUCAUUGAUAUUAUUGAAUACUAUGAUCUUAGCACGCAACUUCGCGUGCCUGUGUGUGACACAAAAGCACCAGUUAACUUAGCUUAGGCUAAGGUGAUGAACUUCUUUCAAUAGUAGUUUGAUGGAGCAGGAGAUGUUUUUAGUAUAAAAAUACUCAGAUAGUGUCAGAUUUUACAGUUUAAUUAGCAA